UAUCACUUCACUCCUGCAGCGGUCAUACGGACGACAUGUUUGCGGUGCUAAAGCAUGCAUUUUCUCCUCUCGCAAGAAAUACUCUUGCAAAAAUGCACUACAGUUCAGGAGUCAGCAUCAGGCUUCUGCCCAGUUAUAAGUGCUCUUUUGAAGACCCAGUGCAUGUGACGGUGAGCGGCUUAAAUCCACAUCAACGCGUGGAUCUGCGCUCCAAAAUCACGGAUGAAAAUGGACUUGAUUUCAAGGCUUCAGCGACCUACCAGGCAGAUGACAGUGGCCAAAUUGACCUCAAACGCGACUCUUCUCUUGGUGGGAGCUUUACUGGGGUUGAACCGAUGGGUUUAUACUGGGCUCUGAAAGCAGACACAAUAAGCUGCAAGUUUACACUGUCAGAUGUGACGCGUCCAGCUCUUGUUGACAUUGAAGUUGUCAGUGAUGAUAAAGUCCUGGCCAAAGUGACCAACGAGAGACACUGCCUAACCGAUGGUGUCCGAAGAAGUCCUGUUACCGAAGGAAGAAUUAGAGGAACUCUUUUUAUGCCCCCUGGUAAAGGACCAUUUCCAGGGAUUUUGGACACAAAUGUGUUUAGAGGAGCUCCUUUUGAGUUGAGGGCAGCUCUGCUGGCAAAGAGAGGCUUCGCUGUUUUAGCCUUGGCUUUUCAAGGUUACCAAGAUUUACCCAAAAGAGCUGACCGAUUUCACCUUGAGUAUUUUGAAGAAGGUAUAGAUUUCCUACGGCAACAACCAGAGGUGAAAGGUCAAAAAAUUGGCUUGGUGUCCAUAUCAAAGAGUGGAGAUUUGGCUUUGUCGAUGGCAACAUUCCUCCCUGAUAUAGCGGCUACUAUUUGGGUCAACGGAUGCAAUGCUAAUACUUUAGUUCCAGUCUACUACAAGGAUAUUUGUGUUCCACCACUUCUGUUUGAUGUUAAGAGAACAAAAAUCACACCAUUAGGCCUUGUGGAUAUUGGAGAGGUUAUGGAUGAUCCAAUGUCCAAAGAAGGCCUUCCAAGUGUUAUUCCCAUUGAGCGUGCCCCUGGUAGCUUCAUGUUUGUUGUGUCUGAAGCUGACAGGAAUUGGAGAAGUGCCUAUUAUGCUAAAUUAGCAUGCGACAGGCUCAAAGCUCAUGGAAAAAAUAACUAUCAGCUGGUAAAGUAUGAAAAAGCGGGUCAUUUUAUUGAGGUGCCCUAUAUGCCCUUUUGUCUUGCUAACUUUCACGGUGUUGCUGGUCAGCCAGUUUUCUUUGGCGGGGAGCCUAAAGCUCAUGCAGAGGCACAGUUAGAUGCCUGGCCAAAGAUGAUCAAUUUUUUCAAAAAACAUUUAGCAGCUACCGAUCACAACCCCAGAUCUAUGCUGUAGGACAAGGUAAAUCUAGUCAUAGCAUCCCUUUAUCAUGCUGACUACUUGUACUUGCAUUUAUCGUGUAAUUUUCAAGUAUUAAACAUAAAAUAAUCUGACUACUGAUUAUUUGCUUUUAAAUCUAGUGCUGUUUAUGUACAAUUCAUACAAUGUAUGCAGAACUUGUUAGUUAAAUCAAACUUGUAUGAAUAUUCAUACAUUAUUUAAAACCACGCCUGCAUUUGGGUGAUUAAAUCACUGGUGUCAAACUCAGUUCCUAGAGGGCUGCAGCUCUGCAAAGUAUAGCUUUAGUCAAACACACCUGAUCAAAUUAAUAGACUCUUUCAGGCUUAUUUAAUACCUACAGGUGAAUGUGUUGACGCAGAGUUGGAAUUAAACACAUCUUAGAUUAAACCUUUAUAUUGUGAAACACAUUGAAGUUCAAUUUAUAAACACUUGAUGCUUGUCUUUCAAUUAAUUAAUCUCUAUAGUUCAAAGUUUUUAAGGGAAUUUUAAUUGUAAUUAUUAUAUACUGUGAUAGAACAGCAGUGCUUUAUCAAAUAAAACCAAGGCAAUUAAGAUUUCCCACACUGAUUUUGAGGAAAAACUUUUUAUAAAGAUGAGCAAUUAUCGUAGCACAGGAAGAUUUCAACUAACAUUUGUAAAGGUCACAGAAGACAUUGAAUAGAAAGUGUACAGGCCAUUGCUUUGAAUGACUUGAGAAUAUCUGCACUCAAAGGACAUCACUGGUCUCUCAUUCCUUUUUUAAGCCAUAAUUUAGUUGCCAAGGAUUUUCCAGAGAUUUUCAAUCAUGUGUAGGUCAGGAUUCUGGGCUGGCCAUAUCAUUAUUCAAGUGAUUUCAGCUUUAUGGAACUCAGUAUUCUGUAUGAAAAUUGGUGGACCAUUUCUCUUUCAACACAUGUUCCUCAGCAAAGGUUAUUCAAGCCUUUUGAUUCUUUCUGCUAAUGAGAGUGUUGGUCACUAAAGAGUGAGGCUUCCAGGCCAAAUUGUCUCAAAUGCAGAGAUUUAUUCUUAGCCUAUUCAUGUGCAAUUCUAGCUGUUGAACUAAAUGCCCAUUUCUAAAUGCCCAUUCUAGUGUUAUCUUGUCUUUUUGGAUUUGUCUUUUGUAGACAACCAGGUUCUUUUGGGGACUUGAAUGGUUUGUAAAGAAGUAACAUUCUAGAAAUGACAUAUCUGGAUGAACAUAAAUGUAUUUGGAUGAACUACCUGCUGUAAGAGAGUUUCAGUUUGUUUAGAAUGGUUCACCACUUUAAGCUGCGGUCGCACUGGGCUUUUCUCCCCAUAGACUUCCAUUCAUACGGACGCGAAUGGUAUGUCAGAUAAUUAAGGAAUAACACCAGGUGCAAAUUAGCACCAAUCAUUAGGAGGUAUCCAAAAAUGCUUUUUUAAUUUUGAUCGGUGCUAUUUUUGAAAUGUUUAUUUAAUUUUCAUAUCCUGUGCUUAAAUUAUACAGUCCCAAUUAAAAUCUUAAGACCAGAAGAAUAAUGAAGUAUUUGCAUUUUUAGAUAUUGGAUGAUAACCAGUUUGUAUGUACUGUUUUAAAAUAUCAAAAAGAGAAAUCCUUAUCAAAAGAGAAAGCCUGUAUAAGUGACAAAAGAUAGCUGGCAAUGUAUAGAAAAUAGAAUUGAAACUCAAGCAACAGGUCUUAAUAUUUUGUUCAGAAGUUUAUAUGUAACUAAUAAAUAAACUACUCUUUUUCUCCUCUUAGAAUAACUUUGAAUGGCACUAAUUGGUGACCUUGAAACUUGUGAAAAAAUUAGGUUUUCUAAUUUAGAUUUUUUCUUAUUUAACAUUUAAAAAAGAUUUGGGAUAUAUUCUGUUAUUUCAUUUGAUCUUAACAUUCACCAUCAUUGCUAAGAAGAAAAAAGUGUAUGUUUUUAAAUUUUUACUCUUCUCUGGAUACUGCUUUUAUGUAUUAUAAUGUAAUACUGAUUUCAACAUCGUUGAGAUGAUUUGACAUUGAAGGGGAUCUGGGGCCUGUACCAUCAAACCAGAUUAGCUGGCUAGACAGUUAUGUUUCUGUUUAGUUUUUAUCAAUUCUGGGUUUCAGGUACCAUAAGAGUAGCUCAGCUCAGCCGCUGCAUAAUACCGUGGCAACAAAGAUUUGUUAAAGUUGAGCUGCAUUCAUGUUACCUAAAACCCAAGAUUGGUGCACUUUAAUAAACUGAAAUUUAACUGUCUAGCCAGCAAAUCCAGCUACGAAUAGGGCAAGUACUAGUGAUGUUUAUCUGCAUUUGUUCUCGUAUUCAGUCUGUCAGUACCUCAACACCAGAUCUGUUUAAUUGCACAGCCUCUGGUGCCUUAAAUUCAAAGAGCUUCAGCCUUAUUGGAUGGGAAAUGUUGUACUUGCAUGGUAAAUAUUUGUUUAUACAAACAAUCCAUCUAGGUACAGAAUCUUUGAUGUACAAGUGGUUACUGUAUGCACAUUACACUUUUAUAAAUAAUCUGAAGAUUUUAAUAAAAAUGACCAAAUAUCUUGA